AUGUGCGGCAUACGAAGGAACCCGGAAGAGAAAUUUGCAAACAGUGUUGGUGGUACCCAGGUGCUUGCUCCUUCCUCGCUUCGAAGGGACAGGGAAAACGAAGAUUCCGAAAAAAAUGGCAUGCGGCAUUGCAAGUCCCACACUGACUCGUCGACAGCCACGCCCCACCUAAGUUUGUCUCCAAGCCUACCACCGGAGUCGCACCGCAAAAAACGGGACACGAUCAUUAAGCGCGACUCACAAACGUCCAUCACAGUUCUAAACAGCAAGUCGACACACAUCGGGCCACUGGUCCGUGGGAUUUGGCAUCGCUUACGGGAGAACUCAACGCUGGCCUACGAUGCCAUUAUAGAUCGGCCUGAGGAUUUGCUGCAGCUCGAGAUUGUUGGCGAAAUUGGAAAGGGGCAUUUCGGGACGGUUUACCAGGGUAUAUGGAAUGGGUUGGAGGUUGCAGUGAAAAUGAUCACAGAGGACAAGGCAGACAAGAACCUCUUCCGCCAGGCCCUGGAAGUUGCGGUCAUGAGCACAGUGUCCCAUCCGAGCUUGCUACAGGUUCACACCUUCUUUACAGAUGUAGUGACGAUUGCCACCGGCAAUGAAGACACGACGGUCCUGCGGCUUUUACCCGGCGAAAACAUCGAAAACCCGCAGGGAUUAGGGGGCUCCCG